AUGGUAGAUGCGAAUUAUAUACCAUCUAAACUGGAAGCUUCUCCGCUGAGUAAUCUACCACAGCGUUCACUUACUUCCGUGUCUAGCACUCCUGGAGGAACAACAUCAGUAGUAGUGGCUGCCUCCAAUAGCUCUACACAUCCAGUCGCCAAUGAGUCAACUAGUAUUUCUAACAAUAUCUCUAAUAAUAACGAUUCAUUAGACCCAAGCUCUGUUAAUUCUGUUAGCUCAGUAGUAGUUCCAUCUUCUACUGCGACUGCUGCGACCAGCAUAAAUAAUUAUUAUGAGAGUCUACGAAAUAAUGUAAUAACAUUACUAGAGCAUGUUCGUUUGCCACCACCGGGGAACAAUACUGCUGUAACCAACUCUACAGUGACUAGUACUCUUACAAAUCCUGUGUCAAUGGUGAAUAAUCAACACUCUGUAUACAGCACACAUCCCACUCUUAUACCACCAGGACCCUUACCUAGCGCUUCCAUAGUGCCAUCGAGUUCAAGCGUUUCUAUUUACGGUGCUUCACCUCAUCAUCUUACAGCCACACAUACUGCCGCUUUACCACCCCCUCCUCCACCAAAUUCUUCGACAGUAGGAGGACCACCUCAUCCCUACACUGUUCAUCACUCAGCUGCAUAUCCACAUGAACACUUCGAUUCUUAUAUUUCGAAGCUACAGUCAUUAUGUGUGCCUCCCGAUGUCUAUGCUCUACCACCAGAUGAUGCAACUCGUCCCAUGUAUGACACUGUUAAGUCAAGUUUACAUCAAGACUACACACUUAUGCCAACUCCGAUAUAA